UUCACCCAUAAAUUUCGAUCUUAAAAAAGAACUAAAUAAUCAUCAUCAUCAUCUCGUUCGUUACUCUCAUUCUGCGUCUGAACUUUAACUAAGUAAUAAUGAUAAUGAAUGCGGCUGUUGGGUUAGGUGUUGUAUGAUUAUUCAAGCAUACGCAAUUUGUAUUCCCAAUUUUGAAAUUGAAAUUAGGGUUUUGUUUCCGUACUUGCUAAGUUAACUACCUGUAUUGAGAUAAAUAGCUCACGGAUUAAUCAUGUGGAGGGGGGCAGUAUGAAGUAACACAGCUGAUAUAAAUAGUUCACGGGGGUUGGUAAAGGUAAAGGAUUCUCGCCGGCGACGAAAUGAGCACGUCCAGGUUCAUAAAGUGCGUCACCGUCGGCGACGGAGCCGUCGGUAAAACUUGCCUCCUCAUUUCCUACACCAGCAACACUUUUCCGACGGAUUAUGUCCCAACUGUAUUCGACAAUUUUAGUGCCAACGUUGUGGUGGAUGGAAACACUGUGAAUCUCGGGUUAUGGGAUACUGCAGGGCAGGAGGACUACAAUAGAUUAAGACCAUUAAGCUAUCGUGGGGCGGAUGUGUUUAUACUUUCCUUCUCUCUUAUUAGCAAAGCUAGUUAUGAGAAUAUUCCCAAGAAGUGGAUUCCUGAAUUGAGGCAUUAUGCUCCCGGAGUUCCAAUAAUUCUCGUCGGAACAAAGCUUGAUCUUCGAGAUGAUAAGCAUUUCUUCGUUGACCACCCUGGAGCGGUGCCUAUCUCAACUGCACAGGGAGAGGAGCUGAAGAAGUUGAUUGGAGCAUCUGCUUACAUUGAAUGCAGUGCAAAGACACAACAGAAUGUGAAGGGUGUGUUUGAUGCAGCUAUUAAGGUUGUUCUGCAGCCACCUAAGCAAAGGAAGAGAAAGAAACGAAAGGGUCAAAAAUCGGCAUGCAGUAUAUUGUAACUGCGUAACGAAUGUCAAGAUGAUUAAUAUUAGACAUGAAAUAAACUCUCUCUAUUCUGAAAGCCUACAUUGUAUGUUUUGUUGUAAGAUAUACAUGAAGUUCUUCGUUACAUACCGAUAACCGAUGUUUUAUAUACUAACUAGGUCAUAUCGAUCUAUACGCGGUAUUUUCUUUUUUAUAUAUAUAUUUUAUUUUACGUGA